AUUGUGCUCGCUCGGUUGACACCGACGUAGAGAGCAAGGGUGGGAUGCCGGCGGGGUCCGGUUAAAAUGCGUUAAGGCCCUAUAUUAGUGGUGUUUUUCCGCCCGCUGUCAAGAGUGAACCUCGGCUUGAGCUGUCUCCGCGCAGGGCCUUGCACCGGUUCGGUCCACACACGCGCGAUUGAUUAUUUGGCUAAUGCUACAUAUGGCGCAUGUUGUUUCUCGGCUCCUUUCUUUAUGUAAUACAAGGGUCAGAUGGCUUUUGUGGUAUUGUAGACAGUGCUCGGUCACACUGACUGCACGUUAGCUCACACUCGUGCUAAAGCAGCUAGCCCCGCUCGAGCUGUUUGUUUGUAGCCCCCGUAGGCCAUAUUCAUAACAGAAUUUACGUGCCCCAGACUGCGUAGCUGAGGCGCCAUAGUGGAGUGGGGGCAUGUUCAGCGUGACGUAACUCGUUUUCGUGAAUCCCCGAGCCAUUUAGUUUGUAUUCUGAAAGGCCGUUUACGUGCGAAGUUGACACUUACUGGUGAAACAUGGCGACGUGCUAGUCAUGGAAGGUUAGCUUAAACAGCGUGUAGCAGCUAGCACGAUCCCUUUUCGGGUGGGGGGCAAAUGAAUGCUGUCUUGCUUUUUUUUUUUAAGCUCCUGGUAGCUCACACGGAAACAUUAUUGCGUUAAUUCCCUAAUAUUCCCCUUAGUUGUUUUAAGACGACUGUCAAGAGCACAGUAGUUUAAUUGCUAACAGUUCCUACGUAGGUAAAAUUCGCUUCGAUGCUCUUUGAUGAACAUCACAAAGGUUGUUGAAUACUGAAAUAUAUGUGCCUUUCAGUUGAAAGGGAAAUACUAUUUUAAGACUGAAAUUAUUGUCUUCGAGUCUGCAUCGACGAUGUAAUCAUGCGGUGCCAUUGUAACUAAAGGACAAAAUGGGUGAGCUCUGACGUCAUGUUAUCCAAAACAAACCAAGGAUUGAUAAACUGUGGGAUUCCAAGGAGAGAGAACAUCACCUCAUCCUGACAGAAAAGACAAAAUAAUACACAUUGUGACGUCACUAACACAGUACCCCCGCCUCUGUAUAAUUGUAUUGAAUUUGGGGGGGCGGGGGCAAAAGGUUAGGUGAAAUUAUGCAGUUUUGAAAAUGAUACACGCUAUAUCUGCUCCCAAGAUUGGAAAUAUAUAUGAUGAGUCGUUGCUAUUAGUGGAGUUAGUGAUCAAGUCCCACCAUUGAGACUAUAUAAAUAAACUUGACUUGAAGCUAUUACAGAUGGAGGAAAACUUUGAAGUCUCCUUUCCCUAGUGAAAAGCGUGAACAAGGCAUGUAUGACGUCACUCGUGUUUACAACACGCCAUGUGAGUUAAGGUAGUAGUUUUAAAUUUGUCAUUUCAAACUAUCUAUGUCAUUUAUAGACACAGGUCAUCAUUCCGCCAGCCCUUGUCUCAAGACAACUUGUAUCUCCAACGGCUCUUAAUAUUUACUUGGGCGCUUAAUGUAUCAUACAUUUUAAUAAGUAGCCCGUUACCGGCCAAUCAGCUAUUAACUCCCAUCACUGCCGAUAGCAAUCAGGAUCUUUCUCCGCAUCAACCUGACAAGUAGGCAAGGAGCCUCGCUUGCCUUCUGGACCUCAACUGGAAUAUUCCGUCAUGCUGCUGUUUGCCGUCAAGUCGAUUGGCAACGUUAUAUACUCUGGGGCUUUAUUCAGAUGGAGCCGGGUGGAUUCUGAGGACCUUACAGAAAGAGUACUAGUGAAUAGCUUUAGUUAUGCUCGACAUUUAGAUUAAGGAACAGGUGAUUGGCUGUGUAUUUUCAGUCCUGUCAUAAAAAAAUGUACAAUACAAAACAACAAAAUGACCAGGCAGGGUGACGUGCAGUUCUCCCUCACCGUGUUGCGGUUUGCACCCCCCAGAGAGCGUCGCCGCCCCCCCCCUUGUCGACCGCACUAUGAACGACUGAGCAAUUUAACGGCGAGACGGCGACAAACAUAGAGUCAAGCGAGGAGUGGAAUGGCCUGAGGGGGAACCCCUCGGUCCCACCUGCCCCUGCCAGGUCCAAUCUGCCUAAACUGACGGCUCGGCCGCUGCCGACCACCACUGCGAUGGGGGACGGACUGGAGCCAGGCAGCAGCCACAACCCUCCUUCGGCCCCGCAGCCUCACAUCCUGAACCCGGCACCUUCCAAAAUAGGGAAUUCCACCAGACCCAAACGACAGACCAACCAGCUCCAGUACCUGCUCAAAGUGGUACUGAAGACAUUAUGGAAGCACCAGUUUGCGUGGCCCUUUCAUGCUCCCGUGGAUGUCGUCAAACUCAACUUACCCGACUACAAUAAAAUCAUCAAAACCCCAAUGGACAUGGGUACAAUAAGAAAGCGCCUGGAGAACCACUACUACAAAAAUGCCCAGGAGUGUAUUCAUGACUUCAAUACCAUGUUCACUAAUUGCUACAUCUACAACAAGCCCAACGAUGACAUCGUGUUGAUGGCAAAGGCCUUGGAGAAGCUCUUCCUCCAGACGAUCACACAGAUGCCACAGGAAGAGACGGAAAUCGCCGUGGUCGCCAAGGGACGCCGCGGCAUCAAGCGAGAGCCUGCUCCCAUCAGCAUGUCCGAAUCAAGCCAAGAACUAUCCUCCCCAUCCAGCACCCCGCACACGCGAGGCUUCUCGUCCCCUUCCAGGCUCCCGCAAACCCACGCCUCGUCAACCCCGCCUGUGCUGGCCCAGCCCCCACGUGUGCCUCCUACACCCGCAGCCCACGCCCCCCAUCUAGGACCGCCGUACCCACUCUCAGGCAUCCUGCCCCAGGGCAUGACCGCUGUGGCCCCUCCAGCCUCGGCCGCCGCGCACCCAGGCCUCCAUCCUAGCCCGGUGAUGCAGAGCACUCCCGCUCUCAUCAAGCAACGGAAGAGCCAGAAGAGGAAAGCGGACACAACAACGCCUACUGCCAACGACCAGCUCAGCGAAUCAUCUCCCGUCUUGGCGGAAACUCGACCGCGUCGCGAGACCGUUCGCCCAUCCAAACAGCCCAAGAGAGAUCCGUCGCAGCCUGACUCCCAGCACCAACUGGUUGGUGGUUUGGAGACAGGAGGCAUGUUGACGCCCAAACGUCAAGAUCAGAUGCAUUCCUGCGCCUUCCUGGUCAAAGAGAUGCUGUCCAAGAAGCACUUUGCCUACGCUUGGCCCUUUCACCUCCCCGUUGAUGCUAAAGCUCUUGGCCUUCAUGAUUAUCAUGACAUCAUCAAGCAUCCCAUGGACCUAAGCACCAUUAAGAAAAAGCUGGACAACCGGCAAUACAGAGACCCCCGAGAGUUUGCAGCAGAUGUCCGAUUGAUGUUCUCCAACUGUUACAAAUAUAACCCGCCGGGCCACGAUGUGGUGGCAAUGGCACGCAAACUCCAGGAUGUUUUUGAGAUGCGUUUUGCCAAGAUGCCUGACGAGCCCGAGGAGGCGACCCCGGUUCCCACGCCAUCGUCUGUCCUUCACCCUGCGCUAUCCACUCGCCAAGCGCCACCACCCCCACCCCUUAUCUCAGAAGACAGCAGUUCCAGUGUGUCUGAAUCCGAGUCGUCAGCGGGAGACCCUGAUCAAGAGAAGCAGCAGCGAUUGGCUGUCUUACAGGAACAGCUCAAAGCCGUACACGAGCAACUGGCCGCGCUCUCUCAGCCUCAGGUCUGCAAGCCCAAAAAGAAAGAGAGGGAGAAAAAGGAGAAGGAAAAGCACAAGAAGAAAAUGGGAGCGGAGGAACUCGCCGAGCCUGCCAUGCUUCACCUUUCCAAGAAGAGCAAAAACGGCAAAGAGUCGCUCAUCUCCAAGAAGGAGAGGAAGAAGCCUAGUAAGAAAGAAGGCAUCAAAAACAGUCGUCCCGCGGUGGCCCCUCAGAGCGCCCCAACGCCUCUCGUCCCGUCAGCCUCCCUCGAAGCAGAAGAUGACAUGGACUUGUUCGGGAGCGCGCCGGCCGUCGGAGGCAAACCCAUGUCGUACGAAGAGAAGCGCCAGCUGAGUCUCGACAUCAACAAGUUGCCCGGCGACAAGCUGGGCAGAGUUGUGCACAUAAUCCAGACCCGAGAGCCCUCCAUGAAAAACUCCAACCCGGACGAGAUCGAGAUCGACUUUGAGACGCUGAAGCCCUCCACGCUCCGGGAGCUGGAAAAAUACGUAUCGAGCUGCCUCAAGAGGAAAAAGAAGUCCUCAGAAAAGCCCCUGGAAAUGACAAACGUCACAAAGUUGAAGACGGGAUCUUCAUCUUCGGGCUCCAGUGACUCCUCUGAUAGUGAAGACUCUGACAAUGCGGGGCUGGUUCCCAAGCAGCAGAAGACUCUGUCCAACAAGGACGCCAAGAGGACACAGCAGCAGCGGCAGCCCAUCACCACCGUUACUGGCCCCUGCACGCCGCAGCCUCAAAUGGUCCAAUCCAAAUUCCCAUACGUCGCUCCGCCCCCUGUCCCUGUGUCGGUCCCCGUCCCUGCCCCCACCGCCCCUGUCCCUGCUUUGGAAUCUUCCCAGCUGUUAAGCCCCGCCUUUGACCCCUUGACCCACUUUAUGAACCCUCACCUAACUCAGCCCAACUGCGAGCCUGGCCCAGUCAUCACAGCUGUUUGUCCGCCGCUCACACCUGGCCUCCUCAAUGCCACCGCGCCUGUUGGACCCGCACCUCCUGAGACGCACCUCUUCCUGAACCAACGUCCCAUCACACCCUCACCAGCCAUCCAUAGCGCACUUCCCCAGCAGCCAGCACGACCUAGCAGCCACGCAGCACCGCUUCCUCUCAAGAACUCUCACCCGCCCCCCUCCUCGCUCCUCUCUCUCCCCACGCCGUCACCUCAGCUCCAGAGCUCCCUUUCCGCCCCCCUUCCCCCACAGCCCGCUUCACGGCCCCGCGUACCUUCGCCGCCAUCGCACGGCAUCCUGGGCACGCUCUCCGCUCAGCCACCCCAGGCCCUACUGGAAGACGACGAGGAAGCCGCACCCACCAGCGCGGAUACGCCGUCCCUCAGCCAAAUGCAAAGCUUUCUGCAGUCUUUUCAACCGCGCACGUCCGGCCUGAUUCAACCGCUGCAGUCGUCGGCUCAGCUGGGAGCAUCGAUGCAAGCCGCGAUGACGUCCGCCCCCACGACCAUGCAUCGUCACGGCACGGCCCACGGCCACACGCAGCAGUCCUACCCGCACGCUCUGGCCGCAGCGGUGCAGCAGCAUAAGGGGGUGAGCCUUCAGCAGAAGCUACAACAACUGCAGCAGCAGCAGCAGCAGCCCUCGCCACGCUUCAAGGCCGAACAGUUUUCUACUGCGGCUGCUCUUGCAGGUUGCCUGCGGCGUGACAGUCCCUCGCCACUCAUGAUGCACUGCCCCUUGAUGCCUCAGUUCCAGACGACCGGACAACAGUCCCCCUCACAAAUCGAGAAAAACGACCAAAGUUCUGACUUGGUAAAAGAGGAGAAAGCUCCCCCCUCGCCAGUGCUAACUCCGCCCCCGUUCAGCCCCGCCAUGCGCCUUGACUCGCAAAAACACGACAGCAAAAAUAGAUUAGAAGGCAAGUCAUUGGAUGCUUCUCGUCCCAGUUCCCGCCUCCCAGACUCCCUGGUGCAAGCCUGCCCUCAGCAGGACACCAAAGUCAAGCAAGAGCCCAAAACGCCCACAGCGUCCAAAAGGACGCCGGAUGUGAAGUUAAAGAACAUGGGCUCCUGGGCCAGUUUCUCCCAGAGGUCUCAGUCAACGCCGGCGUCAGCCGUCCGCUCGUCCAGCGACAGUUUUGAGCAGUUCCGACGGGCGGCCAGGGAGAAGGAGGAACGAGAGAGGCAACUGAAGGCUCAAGCGCAACAGGCCAGGAGGGAGCAGGUGAAACUGCGCCACGACGACGACAGCGUGGAGCAUGCUCGCCGGGCGCCGGAAGACACCCGGCGACGGCAAGAGCAGCAGCCGUCGCCCCUCGCCCCCACGCCCCCGGCUUCCACCCCGCCUACUCACUCUCCGCAGCCUCCUCCCAUCCCACCUCCGGCGCCCUCCCCGACUUCCUCGGCCGUGCAAAACGCCCUCGACCAGCAGAGGGAGAUGGCGCGCCGUCGUGAGCAGGAGAGGCGGAGGAGGGAGGCGAUGGCUGACACCAUUGACAUUAACUUCCAGAGCGACUUGAUGGCCAUUUUUGAAGAGAAUCUCUUCUGAGUGGAAAGAGCAGCGAGGUGUGAGAAGGACCUACGCAUGCACACACACUGACGCCAUGAGCUCAUAUACGUGCCCCCAUUACCACAUGAACCUCCGUACAUGGACUACAUGGUACUUGUCCCCUAUUUUACGCCAUAUUUUUCCCUCAGAACGCAGAUACGUUUUGGUGUCUGACGUGAUAUGUAUAGUUGGCUGAGAAAAUGGAGUUCCAAAAAAAAAAAAAAGAGUCCUUUAAAAGGCUAGAGUGAUGGUCGAGGGUUAAGGAAAUGAUUUAAAUCAAAGAAAUAGAAUGUUUAAAAAGGUGCACGGACUUUUGACGGUCCCUGCUCUUUUAAUUGUGUUAUUCCGAGAUGGCCUCGAACUUGUUGGGCUAGUUUUCUCAGGACACAGCGGCACAGCCCCCCCCCCUCACCCACAACCCCAGAAGCCUCGAGUGUGUCCUCUCUGCCAUAGCGCUCUGGCCUGUAUUGUCUUUGACCACGCCCUACAAAUUCUGACAUAUUAUAUCGAAAUAGAUACGUAAAUAUAUAUUCUAUACAAAGACAAGGGAACGUAAAAACGUAGGAGGAGUUGGGUUUGUGUUUGCAGUGCGUGCGGGGGGGGGGGGGGGGCAAGCUUGAGUGCUUUUAUUUUGUAGAAUUUUCUGUAAAGAAAAAAAAAAAAUGAUGCCAUUGCCAUUUUUAUUUUUUCGUUCCUCCCACCAUGGGCACAUUCUAUGCCCAAACUGUUGAGUUCUGAAAUUCACAUACAUUCACACUCUUUCACUUUUUAAGAAAGGUUUGAUUUAAUUUGAUUUUUUUUCUGACCCCCUCUACCCCUUUUAGGAAUCCAAAUAUUUGCGCAGCAUUUUUUUUUUGCUCGUCUUCUUGCACUUUGGCUCUUUUACACCCACUUCCCAUUCGUUUUCUGUCACGCUAACGUCAAAGGCUUUUUAAGUCGUUUCACCCGCCUACUCAUGAAACUCUUUGUAGGUUUUUCUUUUUCUGAAGCGUUUCCGUUGUGAUUCGGCUUUCCGGACCGCACACUUAUGAGUGUUUUCAACAUUCUAACCAAUUAAUCCCGCCACCACCUCCACCUUUUCUUACUUGCUUGUUGUUGGACUUUUUUGUCAGUUCUACCCUUCAUAUGCCCCCCCCCCCCCCUUUCCAGCUGAUUCAUUUUAUCCAGAACCAUCAUGUUAGUAUGUUGACAAGUGAGGCAUUGACGUCAAUAGAUUAAUCUUCAGUCUAUGGACUUUUUUUAAGAAAAGUAUUAAAGUAAUAUUUUUAAAAAAAACAAAACAAAAUAGUGUUUGGGGUUUUUGUCAUCUCUAUUGGUUUAAUAGUUACUGUGGUGAUCGCCUCAAUCCGGUGGGUGCGCUGUUGCGGAAAAUAUUACGUCAUUGCGUACAAAUAUUCUCUUUACUUAUUGCUCAGCUGUGUCAACAUUCAUAUAUAUGGUGGGUUGUUUUAUAUGAUCUAUUACAUCUAAUUGUAGUGGAAGCAUAAAAGGAACGCCAACCAGAUACACACCAUUAUCUUCUCACAAAGUGGCACAGUAAAUUUAGAUUGAAGCAUCCCUCUCACAAUAAUAUUCACAUUAAUAACUUCAUACUGUAGUACACAUUUUAGGCUACCCAAAACCAUAUAUUUAUUAUGUAUUUGAUCUUUUUAGGCCAUUCAAAUCUGUGGAGCGGAUAAUCGGCCCUUAAGUGUCGUCCUCCAUUUAAAUAUAUUAUAAAGUGCAGUAUUCAACAAGAGUUUUUCUUAACCCCAAGUAUUUUUUUUAGGGGAGGGUGGGUGGUCAAAGUGUGUUUUGAGUUCCAAGCAUGGUCACGGAAUAAAUUCAAUAGGUAUCUCACUGUACUGUUCAAUCAACAUCUCUCUGACAGUGUCGAUCCAAAAAGUAAAAAUGUGUUUGUGAUGGCAACCUAUUUUGACACAGCUCUCGCAUUGGAAUGCUCAUCAACAUUGAUCCAUCAACCACACGAGGUCUGCAUCCAUUCAAGAGUCUCAGGAUGUGUGUGAUGUCAUCUUGAAAGAGUGGAAAGUAUGCGGGGGGUUUACGCACAAUCUGCUCGCAAGCGUUGCACUCUUCCCGGCGAUGUCAUUAGGAAGUGCUCUGGGGGAGAGGGGGGGGGGGCAUCUAAGUCAAUCAAGACCCUCCCUAAAAUCGAUUCCAGAUGACAUUAAAGGAAUUCCGCAUGCGAUCCUCAAACUCAUAUUUGCACACAACAUAUGAGUCACACAUUGCUUAAGAGCACAUAAAAUAACAACAAUAAAAUGAACACACACUCUCAAGUCAUUUGGCUUUCAUCGGACCCCUGCCGCUUCUCAAUCUCCAAAAGUACUCGAGUGGCAGUUUUAAACACACAAAUUAAUCCAUGGUAUCCUUUCAAGUGUCAAUCUAACCUAAGGGUUACAUAUCUUUGCUUGGUAGAAGUCUGCUCAUAUUUCAAAAUGAACAAAGAUCAGUUAGUUUGUAUCGCUCAUUGCUGCCAGCUACGGGACCGUGGAAUGACUUCGACUCCAACUUGGAACUACUGAUGUAGCUCAUGUUGAAACAAUAGCGCGUUAAAGUUUCAAAUGGAGCCCUUCUUUUUUCAGCAAUAACCAAUAAGUCAUUUUUAGUGCUCUCUAAGUUCAAUUCCCACCUCUAUUGAUGAGCCUCAUCUGCCAAAUGAAGGAUACCAGUUGGGUGUCCAAAGCUCUGCAUCUUCUGUUGCCGUGGCGACCGCACAGAGAAACAAGUGUAAAUACCAUUCUACACUCAUGUACACACGGCACGUAUUGCGGCUGUCAUGUUUUGCACUUUUUUUGUAAACAGGAAACAUAACUGCAUUUUCCCCACCGACACCCACAACCCCCCACACCCCCGGUUCUUCUCACUCACUUCACAUCUGUUGUCAUUCUGGUAUUUCCUCUUCUUUUACCAUCAUUGUUGUCAUGACAGUAUUAGCCCUGACACGAACAUUUUUAUUUUUUUUAUAUUAAAACAAACACUAGAAA